AUGGCUCUGAACGAACAGCCAUCCAACCCCCAGCCCGACGUCGAGGCAUCUGCCGAAGCUGCGGAUGGCGCUUCAGCUCGCCAGCUCAUCGACGAAGCAAAGCGUCACUUUGCACUCAAGGAGUACGUCGCAGCUUCGGACAAAUUGGCGCUCGCCCUCGAUGCUCUGUCCACGGAGUACGCAGAAGAUGCCGACGAACUAGCACCGCUGCUGCAGCUCUACGGCCAGAGCGUGCUCGAGAACUUCAUCAUCAACUCUGGCGCGCUUGGUGGUGGAGGCGGGUCAGCCCCACUUCCCGCCGCUGCCGCACCUGCCGCCCCCGCAGCUUCGGGAUCGUCCUCCAAAGCGUCUGGGUCGUCAUCAUCCGCAAAUGCGGUCAAGAGCGAUCCCAGAUUUAGCUUCACCGGAGACGCCGAAGACGACGGUGACGACGACGAAGAGGAAGGCGCUCCCGGCGCAGGUGCAGCAGAAGGCGACGACGAAGACGACCUUCAAACAGCUUUCUCCGUGCUCGACCUCGCCAGAGUUAUCUACAGGCGCGCUCUCGAUUCGGAAUCCCAAAAGCUCACUACGCUGGAGGGUCAAGAGUGGGGCAAAACACGCAUCCAGGCCGAACUCGCCGAAGUCAUGAACCUGCUCGGCGACGUCGGUUUGGAAUCCGAGAACUUUACACAGGCAUCGGCAGACUACCAGUCCAGUCUCGACACCUUGCGCCCGCUCCUCAACCCGCAUUCGCGUCGCUUGGCGGAUGCGCAUCUGCGGCUCGGUCUUGCACUCGAAUUCCACCCCGAAGUUGAACAACGCAGAGGUGCCAAGGCGCACGUUCAAGCUGCAUCCGAUGUGUUGGCCGCCCGUAUCGCAGCGAUCCAAGCACGUAUCGACAGCGCCACCACCUCGACGACGAGCUCCUCCGCAGACACAGGCACCGAGAAGGAGAAGGACGACCUCGCAGACCUGCACGACCAAGCUGCACUCGAAAAGGAGCUCGCUGACGUGCAGCAGCUCAAGAAGGAACUCGACACCAAACUCGAAGAGUACGAAACCGAGGACGGACAGGCACAGCUCAACGGCCAACCCGAUCUGACCGGCGUGCUGGGCUUGCCCGCGGAUGCGGCAGCUGCAGCAGCGGGAAUGUCGACCAAGGAUGCGCUGCAGCAGGCGAUCAAGGACGCCUUCCUCGGUGCGCAAGCCGAGGGCGGCGGCGAAGUCAACCCUUUCACAGGUGGUGCCAAGGGUGCUGCGGCGGCGGAUGCUCCAGUGAACAACCUCAGCUCUAUGGUCAAGAGGAAGAAGAAGCCCGAGGCGGACGACGCGGGCGAUGCAUCCGCGGCGGGGCAGAAUGGAGAGACAGAGGCCAAGAAGGCCAAGACCGAAGCUUGA